AUCCCUAAACUAAGGCGCUUAAAAACAAUAUUAACCAAAAUUAAGAAGAAGAAGAAAAAAAAAAUGCCCUCCAAACGCUCCGCCGCCGCCGCCGCCGCCGUACCUCCCCCUCCCACCACACCAGCAACAACCUCAACAGCACCAACACAAAGCAGCAAUAUCAACCUCCUCUCCUCUGGCCCGAAGACCCUCUCUGCGAACUCCUCCGUCACCGAAAUCGCCUACCAUGUGUGGCAGCAGUACCUAGCGACAACGCCGCAGCGCACGAUGCUCCUCGAUGCGUUUAUGGGUUUCCUCGUGCUGGUGGGAGGCGUACAAUUCAUGUAUUGUAUCCUGGGAGGGAAUUACCCUUUCAACGCCUUCCUCAGUGGCUUCUGUGCCGCCGUGGGCCAAUUUGUUCUCACGGCCAGUUUGCGCAUGCAGACCAGUGGCGAUUCCGGAAACAAGACUGCCGCGGGUUCUAUCUCGUCGGGGAAGGGAGGGAAAGGCGCUUCGGGGUCGGUUUCUGCGCCGGGAGUUGGCGUUUCGCAUGAGAGGGCGUUUGCGGAUUAUCUCUUCGGAAGCUUGAUUCUGCAUUUCUUCUGUAUUAACUUCAUUAACUAGCUGGUUUCGAGGGCGCGCUUCCAGUGUAGCUAUGGUGUGUGCAUGUGUAUGUAUGUAUGUAUGUAUGUGGGUAGGUGGGAGGGAGCGUGAAUGGGAAUGGAUACCAAUGGGUUAGUUGGGGAUGAGACGAGGUCCAGUGAUGGAUAUUCUUUAUAUGACUCUUAAAAAAGGGAAAUGAAAAGGGUAAGAUAGAUAGAGCGGUAUAGCACACUUCUGCUCUCUUUAGAUACUAUUCUGCUUUGUUUGUAUACUGGAGAUUUCUGGUUGGAUGGUGAUGGUGAUGGUGAUGUUAAAUCAAUUUCUAGGUGCUUUUCCUUGCUCUUCUCACUUGGUAUGUUCUGUUCCAUUCUAUAUCUGUACCUUUUUUUUUUUAUUUCUGCGAAUAUGAAUCUUCAUGUUAUGUUUUAUUCUACCUAUCUAUCUAUUAUCAGGGGUUAUUUGCAUUGUUUGGUUGAGGGUGUAU